AUGACAGCAGACGAGCAAUACUUUGAAGUCUAUGCCUUUGUCCUUAAGAAGAUGAAAGAAGCACCCAUGAUUUUAAAUGCUGCAAGCAAAGAGCAGUUUUCAGAGGGGGAUUACGUCGUCAAACUCUGGUCAAGGAUUUUUUCUGCCGUAUUUGAUGAUAGUGAGGAAGGCAUCUUUUGCAAGUGGGGUGAUACUGUCUCUGUAGGCUCUAAUGCUCAUAGCAUAUUAAGCUGGGCGCACACUGAUGGUAACGCUUCUGCAAUUGGCGACAAGGUUGAUUUAUGGGUAUGUACCUCAUCUCCUUCUGGCAAGACGUUUGAUUUGAUCAAUAUCAAACUUGCUAAGGACACCAGCAGCACCAAGUUUCAUGCCAAUCACAGAAAAUGGUCUAUUAUUUCCAAGAGGCAUCCCUGGACCGCAUAUAGUGCAAUGCUUGGUGGCGGUGUUGCUCAAGGUAAUAAUUAUGUUGCAUCGCACUCGGGUUCAUUACGUCUUCCCUCGUCCCAAGUAGACUUAUGGAAUCUAAGGAUGUUGCUUCGAAGGCUGUACACCAUUAAAUCGCAAGUAUUAGGAAUGAAAGCUACAGUCAAGACCAUUGAACACAGGGAAAAGGCAUUUAAAAAAUCGAUGGAGGAAAAACAAAACAAGACCAGAUCGCUGACACCCCAGUUGUGCUCAAAUUUCCAAUGA